AUGGCCGGAUACAAUGGGCGCCGUGCGCCGAACUUUUCGCAAUACCUCGAUGACUUGAAUGCCAUCCCGUCGCCAUACGACCAAGCCCUGCAACAGCAGCAGCAGACCUUCAACCAGGAUGAGGAACUGGCUCUGUUUACCAACACCGAGUUCUUCGAUUUUGACAAGUUCACCGACCUGAGCCUGCCUACGUUUGACUCAAUGGAUGACAAGACCGGCCUCGGCGAGACCGACCAGUCAACCCAGAAUGCCGACAUGAAGUUCUUGGAAUUUCUGAAUGAUGGCCUGAACGGCAUGACCGAGUACCAGCCCGAGUUCAGUGGUGUUAACUCCCAGCAAUUGCCGGUGCAGAACCAGCAGUUCUCGGUUCCCGCCGUGCCUGCGGCUAACCCGGCUCCGGCUCCGGCUCCGGCCCUGGCCGCCGCCCCCGUGGCCGCUCCCCAGGUGGCUCCGACCCCGGCCCCCAGCGCCGUCUCCCCGAGCACGUCCGCCGCGGGCCCCAAGCGCAAGCACACUCAAAAGUCCACCCAGGCUAGUGCCGAAGAGGCUGCCCGCAAUGCUGCCGAGGAGGACAAGCGUCGCCGCAACACUGCCGCCAGUGCCCGUUUCCGCGUGAAGAAGAAGAUGCGCGAGCAAGCCCUCGAGAAGUCGCUGAAGGAGACCAACGACAAGAACGACGCCCUCGAAGCUCGCGUAUCCCAGCUCGAGCUGGAGAACCACUGGCUCCGUGGUCUGAUCAUGGAGAAGAAUGGCACCGAGGAGCGCAACGAGCAGUCCGAAAAGGCCAUCUCGGAUAUGUUCAAGAGCUUCCUGGCCUCGCAGAAGGCCGAGUCAAGUACCUCCGAGUCGAAGCACGGUGUCGGCACUUUUGCGUAG